UUAGAUCGUUGCUUGUCUCCUGUCGCUGGGAAAAUGGGUACUUUCGGUUAAAGUAUCUAGUUUAGGAAAGCCAAGGACUUUUUUCUUCCCAGUGAAGUAGAUAAAUAGCUGACAAGUGAAUACAGGAGGCAGAUGGGAGGGUGCGGUCGGAACUGAAGGGAAGUGUACUUAAGGUUGGAACAUCGGGGUGCUUUUAACAACGGACCGAGCUACUUCCGGGAGAGAAUGGGCGGGUAGAGAAUUCGGCGUUUGGCGGGUUUAGCUGUCUUCCUAAAUAUUUGGUCCUCCAGCAGCCGACACCGCCAGACACGUGAGGAGGUAGUGACACCGCCACUGCCAGAACAGGCUGCUUCGGGCUCGCCCAUGGCCGCGUCUGUGGAUUUUAAGACUCAUGUAGAUCAGGCAUGUAGAGCUGCUGAGGAAUUUGUCAAUAUUUACUAUGAGACAAUGGACAAAAGAAGACGGGCACUAACCAGGCUGUAUAUGGACAAGGCCACUUUAAUAUGGAAUGGAAAUGUUGUUACAGGCUUGGAAGCCCUAAGUAAUUUUUUUGAGAUGUUGCCUUCUAGUGAGUUCCAGGUCAAUAUGUUAGAUUGCCAGCCAGUGCAUGAACAAGCUACUCAGGCCCAGACCACAGUUCUCGUUGUGACCAGUGGAACUGUGAAAUUUGAUGGAAACAAGCAACACUACUUCAACCAGAACUUCCUGCUGACUGCCCAGUCGACUCCUAACAACACCGUGUGGAAGAUCGCAAGUGAUUGCUUCCGUUUCCAAGAUUGGGCUUGUAGUUAAAAGGGGGGCAUUCUUGUUUGGUCCAUUAGUUCCAGCAACAGAAAUUUAUGUGAAGUAAUUCUUUUUAUUGUGGAAGCACUAUAAACUAAUAUGUGCUGAAGCUCCGUUUUCUUUAAUACUUUUUUAUUCCUAGCAGCACCUUUUCUAGCAGCUGCCCGUUUGGAUCGUUGCCCUUAAGAGCUUUAAUGCUAGUUUUUUACAUGCCUUAUAUACAUUUCACUAACGACAUUCUUGUGGUGACAUUGUACACAUGGUCUCUGUGUUAACAUACGCACUGUGAGCCCAGCCUAUUGCAAAAAUGAAACCCUUUUAUAAUAAUACCUAUGGGAUAUCAGCACAAGAUAUCUCUCUGGGAGGAAGUGGAGUUUUUUUGUUGUUAUUAGCUUAAUUUUUUAAUAAGAUACAUACCUAUUUUCAGUAAAUGCUGGUAAUGUAGGUUUAAUAUAAGGCUUAUCCAAAUCAGUUCAGUGAAAACAUUACUAAUUUAGGUUUGCAUAGCUGCUCUGACGUAUUAGCAUGUAGAGGUGUUCAGGAGUCUUUUUUCAUGUUAAGUAUUUGUUUGACGUUGGCAUGUUUUCUUAUGGAGUGAAUUAAUCUACUAAAACAUUCCCAGUUGAUACUUGAGUAUUAGAUAGGCUCAGUAGUUUAAAAGCAAAACUACUUAAGAUUUUUCUUGGCAGCUCCAAGUUUAUAAACUUAGGUAACGAAUGGUAGUAGCACUAAUAGCUUUAAUGGGAGAAUGGGGAGUGAGAAAUGGAAAGGAUCCAAGGUUGGCCAAAAGUUGAGGAGGGUGGCCAAAUGGUAAAUUUCUGGUACUUGUUUUCUACCUCCUAAAAAUGUAGCCUAUUUUUAGGAUUUAAUUCCUAAAUUAUCCUUGCCAAAUGGUCCUGUCACUUUUGUUCGAAGAAUGCUUUUGAAAGGUUCUUCCCGUUCACCUCAUUCUUAACACCAAUCUAUGUCUCAGAUUCAUUCAAGAACUUCUGGGGGUAAGAUGUCAGCAAUAAUGCUGACCCUGCAGGGUCUGACAGGAAAGUGGGAAACAAAGCCAUUGCUGUCUCUUUGGGACACUCUUAGCUUCUAAGUCUUCCAUGUGAACUUCAGGCCAAAAGUCUCCUACGUAUUACCCAUCCCCCAAAGUAAGUGAUUUGUUCUCUGUGUUUUACACUGUCAACUGCAUUUUCUUUCUCUUUUAUUACUUAUUUAAAGUUAAAAUUAUUUAAUUUGAUUCAUUCUUCUGUUGAGCAAAUCAAACUGUUUGAAAGCAUGUUCUUGUCAUGUGGCUAGCUCUUGGUCUUUUUAAAGAGAAAAUAGAGGGCAGCAGAUUUUCAUAAGCUCCUGGACUUCAGAGGCACAAGUUGAUUCGUCUUCCAUCUCAACAUCUGAAGAGAAAAAGCUAGCUCUUGUUUCGGUUAAACUUUAAAAUUUUCUCCAUUCUUGUGUUUAUUGUUUCAGUGUUUUUUAAGCUAAAUGUGCCAGCUUCGUUUCUCCAUCGGAACUCAAAGUUAUGGUUUCUCAUCACUUACUUUGAAAACCAGCAGUUCAUUUACUCUUGCCCCAAACUACACAUUUUACUUCCGAUGUGUUAACAGAAUAGAAUUAAAUAUGGGAGGAGGGGGCAGAACUGAAAUGUAGCCCACACUCUCUUGUAGUCCUGAUCAAAACUUACGCGUUAUAGUCUGCUCAGAGUGAGCUCAUUCUGACUUCAGAUUGGCUGUCUAAACCUACACCUCGAGCAGCAACAGUCAGCGCCCAGACUCUGCCCUUACCUUGUAGAGAGCAGUCUCAAGUAAAAGCUGCACAUAACUAGCAAUAACUGAAUUGAGCGGUUAUAUUGUAUGGUUUAAGACUUACUUAUAUAUACAUGGCUUUUUCCAAACUCUGUAGAACUUUUACAUGGCUGGAACUACUCUUGUAUGGACUAAGACUGUAUUUUUGACAUGGUAUUUUUGUAACUUGAAAAAAUAAAAUAAAAUUUGCCUUGUGACAAGUUUU